AUAAGUCACACUCAGAGCUCCAGGUACAAAGUCAGGGGACAGAUUAUAAUAGUUGAGUAAUUGCCACUCAGUUCUCAGACUGCUAGCCGAAGAAGAAUUACUAAGUUGGCCUGAUGACAUAUUAACUAUUUCCUUAUCCCAGGCUAAGUGGGAGCAGGUAACUUAGGCUCAUCCAUGAAAGACUGAGUGUUUUAUCUUUAAGAAACACAACUUGGGUGUUGGGUCCAUGCCUUGAUGUUCUGCUAAGACAUUUAAAACUCAGAUGUGACAAUUGAGCAUGAUGGCUUCCACGCCUGGAGGCCCAAGGCAAGAGGAUCCCUUGAGCACAGGAGUUUGAGACCAGCCUGAGCAAGAACAAAACGCCAUCUCUACUAAAAUAUAGAAAAACUAGCCAGGCAUUGUAGUGGGCACCUGUAGUCCAGCCACUCAGGAGGCUGAUGGAGGAGGAUUGCUUCAGCUUGGGAAUUUGAGGUUGCUGUGAGCUGUGACAGCUCUCUACCAGGAUGACAAAGUGAGACUCUUAUCCCUAAAUAAAUAAAACUCAAAUGUGGCCUCAACCCCUUUAAGAUCAUAUUUGAAAGAGAGCUUUCUGUGGUGGCUCACAUACUCUGGGAGACCAAGGUGGGUGGAUUGCCUGAGCUCACAGGUUCGAGUACAACCUGAGCCAGAGCAAAACCUCAUCUCUAAAAAAUAGCUAGAGGUUGUGGCAGGUGCCUGUAUUCCCAGCUACUUGGAAAGCUGAGGCAAGAGAAUCACUUUAGCCCAAGAGUUUGAAGUUGUUGUGAACUGUGAUGGGCCAUGGCACAGCUAAGUAUUCCUCCUAGGGGAGGUUUUUGUACCUUCUAAUAAUCCAGGGCCUAUUUAUGAAUAUUUCUCUUAAACGCUGUCAUGGUUGAUCAUCUAUAUUGGCAUUAUCUUGUUUUACUGCUAGUUCUGAGUUAUUGAACAGAAGCGAUGUUCACAGGCUACUGAAAGUACUUUGGGACCCUCAGUCCCAGAGUGGCUCUGCAAGAUGUUGAGGACAGGAGGCAUUGAUGGAAAGGUGCCCCCAAGGGGCAGCAUGUGGGACAGGAGCCAGGGCGGGGGCCUGCUCAGCCUGUCGCAGCCUGGUGGUUGCUGGUGCCCUGGUUUCUGGGUUUGCCAGAGGCCCUGUGGACACAUCAACAUUUCUUCAUGGUGUUGGCAGAGUAGUCAGGCCACACAUAUGGUGUUCUGGGAAGAUGACACUUGCAAGUGUAUUUUUAACCUGGAAUUUAGUGUUACUAACUUGGGAUGACCUGUCAUAGGUUUUCUCAAGUUUUUCUAUGGUAGGAUCAGAAUCUUCAAAGGGAAGACAGGCAUUUUAGAACAGCCUCCUUUUGCCAUACAGAGCAUGAGACAGAGGGUGUCUCUUUCCUGGAGCUGAGUCAACCCCUUGCACCCCAGGUGGCAGUGAGCAUGCACACCACAGGCUUUCUGCCUCUGUGGGCUCAGGCGUGUUGAUGAGUGUUCAGGAGCUAGCGUGGACCAACUUUGGGCCUGGGGAGGAGCCUGGAAGGUGGGCUCUUGAAGGUGUGACUCAGGGUGUCCGUGUUCAGUUCACAGCAAAACAGCUGGAGAAACUAGCGAAGAAGGCAGAGAAGGACUCCAAGGCUGAGCAGGCCAAAGUGAAGAAGGCCCUUCAGCAAAAGAAUGUGGAGUGUGCCCGUGUGUAUGCCGAGAAUGCUAUCCGCAAGAAGAAUGAGGGUGUAAACUGGCUGCGUAUGGCGUCCCGCGUGGACGCAGUGGCCUCCAAGGUACAGACGGCUGUGACCAUGAAAGGGGUGACCAAGAACAUGGCACAAGUGACCAAAGCCCUAGACAAGGCCCUGAGCACCAUGGACCUGCAGAAGGUGUCUGCAGUGAUGGACAGAUUCGAGCAGCAGGUGCAGAACCUGGACGUGCACACCUCGGUGAUGGAAGACUCCAUGAGCUCGGCCACCACACUCACCACGCCUCAGGAGCAGGUGGACAGCCUUAUUGUGCAGAUUGCCGAGGAGAAUGGCCUAGAGGUGCUGGACCAGCUCAGCCAGCUGCCCGAGGGCGCCUCUGCUGUGGGCGAGAGCUCUGUGCGCAGCCAAGAGGACCAGCUAUCUCGGAGGUUGGCUGCCUUGAGGAAUUAGCUGCCCCAUUGUAAACUGCCUCCUCUGCCCCAUGCAUCUUGCCACUGCCUCAGCUGCUCUCACCUGCGGAAGCCCGGGUGGCUCCAGAAUUAUUCCUGUUUUCAUAGAGCAGCAGUGGGCCUGUAUCCGGGUGUUGCAUUUAUAUGGACUUAGGGGUAACUUCUGUGACUCUGAGCUCCCCUCUGCCCUCCAUGGAGUUGACAGACACUGGCCAACAGGUGCAGACCUCAGCCCGGAGAUGUGGGGGCUUCAGACUCUGCAGGCACUGCUGCUCUCCACCUGUGGGGCAGCGGGGUGGCGCCACCACUGUUGCCAUCCAGCUCCUGGAGGCCCCUAUGUGCAGGAGGCCCCCACUAAAUGGACAGACACAGCUGAGGAGGGCCAGCGGCCUACAUGCUGGAGAACGUCAGGCACUGGCAACAUUGUCCUGGAGCAUUGACAGACCACAGCCCUCCUCCAUUGUUCAGAGUAGGGUCUUUGCUGCCCCUGCCAGCUAGCUGGACCCACUCAGGCUUCCUGCAGACUUUGGCACAGAACCGCUGCCCAGCUCCAGCCCGGGGUGCCCACUUGGGAUUCAUUCUCAUCCUUGCCUGCUGCUACCUCGGGGGUUCCUUGGGCCUGUAGGCUGUGAUCUGUGUCCUCAGCUAUUCCUGGUGGCACAGAGUCAUUCUUUCAGGGGCCCUUCCUUGGGACCUCGGUGGCAGGUACUACCCAUUUGGCUCACUCCUAUCACUGUAAACGGGGCCUCCCCCCACUGUGCCCCCCUCCUGCCUUCCCAGUCUGGAAGCCAGAGUAGCUGGUGAAUAGCUCCUGGGAGAGCUGCUGUGGCGGGGCGGCAAUGAAUCACCUGCCCCUGUGGCCCUGGUGGGCUUGUCCAAACAGGACAGCUGACAGUUCUCUGGGCACAGGCUGCUGUUUUUGCUUUUUCUGUUCCCUAAAGUUUACUUCAUUUUCCUGAAGCAGUCGGAAUAGGCAGCCUGGGGGGCGUUGUGGGUCCUGCCCCCUCAGCACAAGCUGGAGAUGGCCUGGGGCUCUUUGUGGCUUUUGUGUACAGAAUAUGGAAACUUCUGCCUGGA